GUGGGGGCCGGGCAAGUGUGGUGGCUGUCGGUGCCAGCGUGGGUUCUGGUUCCUCCUGCGCUUCGGCUGUCGGGCGUUCGCUCUCUCUUCCUCUGCUUAGCGCCAGCCCCUUUUUCCUUCCGCAGGGCCCUGCAGGCGGUUUGAAAUUUACCGCAGUCUCUCACUCGAGUUCUCGAUGUGGCCGUAAGCGCCCGGCGCUGAAGGGGAGGAGGCAAGAGCGCGGGGCGGGGAAGAGGAGGGCGGCCUGGAGCGGAGCGGCUUGUCUGCCUGCAGCUCCGGUUCCCCCAACCCCUCGUGGGGGACGGGUGGGAGGGGACGGUGGAGAGGGUUAAGUGAGGUAGCAGUUCCCUUGCCGUGGCCCGUGGACGGUCCGUGUUGACGGGCACUCUGGUUGCCUGGGGGCGGCUUUUGCCACUGUUCCCCUAUCUCGGGGCGUAGGGAGUGAGAGAAGGAAGGAGCCUGAAGUAAUUCCGGGAUCUACGAGCCCCUCACACCCCUGGAAGCGGUGGAGGGAAGAGUGAAACAAUUCCCCCCCUCCCUCCUGAGGCGUCCCGGUGCUGCGGCAGGCUGGCCCGCAGAUUCAGAGAAUAAAAAUGGGAACUCCUGGAUCAGGACGGAAGAGAACUCCCGUGAAAGACAGGUUUUCUGCAGAAGAUGAAGCUUUAAGCAACAUUGCCAGAGAGGCAGAAGCCAGACUUGCAGCAAAACGGGCAGCUCGAGCAGAAGCAAGAGAUAUACGUAUGAGAGAACUGGAGCGACAGCAAAAAGAGUUUUCUCAGCAUUCAUAUGAUAGAAAAUGGGCUCAUAUCCAGAAAUGGAUGGAAGAUGCAGAGAGGGCCAGAUACUCUCAGCAAUCCAGUCGACAUUCACAUUUGAGUUUCCCAGAUGUCAGUGCAUCUCACAGGAGCAGAGCAAGUACCUCCAAAAGGAGAGAUCUUGUGAGUGGAAUUUACUAUGAUCAAAGAAAUUAUAGCAGGCUUGGAUAUAGUAAACCAGUUCCUUCCUACCAUGUUUGGUCGUCUUCUCUAUACAGUGAUCCAGUGGCACCAACUAGAAGUUACAGGCCAUCUGAAUACAGUUAUUCUUCAAGAGCAAGCUCAGUUCGAAGUAGUCCUGUGUCCUCCGAUUUUUCUGAUCAAAGUGAAACUACUGCUGACUAUUUUAGUCGUUCCAACCGCAGGGGAAGCAUUGUUUCUGAUGCAGAUGAUGGCCAAGUUUUGAAUAGUAUGGAAGAAAAGAGUGAAAAAUCACAUUCAGAAAUAUUUUCAAGGCCCUCAUCUCGCAAUUCAGUAAGUGCGACUCCUUUGAGUGGCAACUCGUCUAGAAGAGGAAGUGGAGAUGCAAGUAGUUUGGUGGAUCCUGAUGCCUCUCUCAGUGAAUUACGGGAUAUCUAUGAUCUUAAGGACCAGAUACAUGAUGUAGAAGGGAGAUACAUGCAGGGACUUAAAGAAUUAAAGGAUUCACUAGCUGAAGUUGAGGAGAAGUACAAGAAAGCUAUGGUUUCCAAUGCUCAACUAGAUAAUGAAAAAAACAACUUGAUUUACCAAGUGGAUACUUUAAAGGAUGUUAUUGAGGAGAAAGAAGAACAGAUAGCAGAGUUCUAUAGGGAGAAUGAAGAGAAGUCAAAGGAAUUGGAAAGACAGAAACACACCUGCAGUAUUCUCCAGCAUAAGUUGGAUGAACUUAAAGAGGGCCUUCGACAGAGAGAUGAAUUGAUAGAGGCGAAUCAACGUAUGCAGGAGAAUAUAGACUCCAUAACCAAAGAAGUGUUUGAUCUUCAGGAGACAAUUAAUUGGAAAGAUAAAAAAAUAGGGGCCCUAGAAAGACAGAAAGAUUACUUUGACUGCAUUAAGAAUGAGCGAGAUGAGCUCAGAGAGGAGUUGGCUGACCUGAAGGAAACAAUGAAGAGAGGACAGAAACAUGGAUUAGUUAUAAUUCCAGAUGGCACACCAAAUGGUGAUGUAAACCAUGAAUCAGUGGUUGGUGCAAUAACAGUCGUAUCACAGGAAGCUGCUCAGGUCUUGGAAUCUGCAGGAGAAGGACCACUAGAUAUCAGGCUACGAAAACUGGCUGGAGAAAAGGAGGAAUUGCUGUCCCAGGUUAGAAAACUGAAGAUGCAGUUGGAAGAAGAACGACAGAAAUACUCUAAAAGUGAUGGCAUGAAUCCAGAUAUAAUGGGUUUGGAGAAUGGCUCUGACUUGCAGCUAAUUGAAAUGCAAAGAGAUGCCAACAGACAAAUUAGUGAAUACAAAUUUAAGCUUUCAAAAGCUGAACAAGAUAUAACUACUUUGGAACAAAAUAUUGGACGACUUGAGGGACAGGUUGCAAGGUAUAAAAAUGCAGCAGAAAAUGCAGAAAAAGUAGAAGAUGAACUCAAAGCUGAAAAAAGGAAGCUUCAGCGAGAGUUAAGAACAGCACUGGAUAAGAUAGAAGAGAUGGAGAUGACCAAUAGCCAUUUAAUGAAAAGGCUGGAGAAGAUGAAGGCAAAUAGGACUGCGCUUUUAUCUCAACAGUGAAAUGGAAAUUGAAAAUACAAUGCACUGCUCCUUGAAUAACUAGUCCCUAGCUUGUUUAUAAAUACAGACUUUCAGUGGCACAAACUAUUUGAACACUGAGCUGUUCACUGGUGGUUUAGUUUCAUAAUUAAAUGGCAUACUUUUUGUAAUUUAUGAGAGAAUGAAAUGUAGUUUGAAUUCCCAUGUGAAUGACAGCAAUUUUUCAGUAGUGUUUGAUUUUAGAGUCAAAGAUGGAGCACAAAGCUGUAUGUUUUUACAACUGUGGAAUCAAGUUUACUCACUAUCUCUUUUGGCUGCUUUAAUGAUGCUUGAUGCUCAGAGACAGCUGCAUGAAUUCAAGACACUGUAUUAUGAAACUAACAUAUACUUGCUUAAGACAUCACACAGCACAAGUGCCUUUUAUCUGGUGCAAUUUAGUCUUCAUUGUUGAAAUAACCUUUGAAACCAGAAAGCAUUUUAUUUUAAGAUACAUUUGGGGUAUUCCCUAAACUUUAUACAUUUUGAAAAUACAUUUUUUAAAAUAUUUAAAUUUAUAAGAGAAAAUAGGGACUGUAUAUAAAGAUCUGCUUCUUUUGCAUGGGCACAUCUGACUCCUAUGUAAUUUUGUCAAAUACUAGCUCCUGAUACUCUUAGCAUUAAGAGUGCAGAUUUAAAAACUGAAAUUGUACACCAUCAAAUUGUGCCAUCCUCUUAAGUGCGAAUUGAAAUUUUAUGGGGGGAGGAAGGGAGUGAGAAAUGCGGCUAAGGAGUUUAUUAAAAGGACACUUUACUGACCAAA